AUGCGAUGUUGGCGUAAUGCCUUGGACGAAAUCCUAAGUCACCAUUCCAGCAAAGUCCUCCCUAACUAUACUCCGAGGUCUGAAACCGAGGCGGCUCUGGUCGACUCCUUGUUGCAGCUCGAACUGCAAUGCAAAGAGCGUAUCGAUCUACUAGAAGCCUUGCGUAUGUCUCGGCAGGAAGCACCAAGGUCUUCCACACCGGCGCGUUCUGCCGCUGCAAACUUUACGAGCCCACCUAACAUGGCAGUCUCGAGCCCAACAUCUGCGCGCGGCUGGAUCGGUCAAGGCACCAUCCCAGCAGCGACGUAUCCCGAAUUAUCACGCCCUGCCUUGCCCAGUAGACCCUCAUUGCCGAAUCGGACAUCUUCGGAACGAGCUGUCGUGAGUGGAAAUGCAUCAGGUUCCGGCUCCGGCCCCGAAGCUGGAGUGCUGCCAUCUCCGGGUUCCGCACGAACAUAUUCGGCGAACAACACGAAGGAGAUAAUGCGUUCGCCCAGCCCUGAAAAGCACACCAUGAGAACUACACUGCGCAGCGCGAGACCGGGAGAAAAGACAACCAAGCUUUCCCGCAAGUCUGCCAAAUCUGAGGGUCCAGGAGCAAGCAAGGCCGCUACACUUGCAUGGAGUGCCUUGACUUCGAAAGACCGGCUCUUGCGAGGGUUAGGCUCUGGUAGUGAGCCUGUAUCUUCCAGUUCAAGCCCUCGGCAAAGCAACGAGCAGCCCAAGAAAAGUGCAGGUGUCUCCACUCUGCAAUGGGAUAUCCAUACACGGAGGCUCGUCACGCCUCGGGAUAUGGAUGCGGCGUUGGCCGAUGGGUCACGUCCUACAAGAUGUUCUGAAGAGUUCUCUUACGACCGGCCAUCCGCUUUGUCGGUCAGCGCGGCUUCGAGUGCUCUGAAUUCCGUCUCCAUUCAAGAUUCGUCAUCGCUGGAGCUCGCUACGCCAAAACAUGAUCGCAUAUCCCGAUCUCGCAAUGCCGCACUAUCAGUCCCGGCCGCUAGGGCAGCGCGAAAAGAGGGAACGAGCCAUUCCGAUAUUGAUGAGGCACAUGACCGACGCAAGAGCACCUCAGAUUCUGGCAUUAGGCGAAAGGCUGUUGGAGAAGGCCCGAAGCGUACAGAACCUUCUUCUUCAAGCGGACAAGUACGAGACAGGUCCGCGAAAGCGGUCGCGAAUCAAGCAGUGAGAAGACUUCGUGCAUCAUCGCGAGAUUCGAGCGCCUCCGAAAACUCAAGUCACCAGACGUCGCCACAGAGGCCAACCAGAAGGGGGCCCAAAGGGAAGCGAAAGGAGGAUGCAAUUGUUGCUGACACAGACGCGAAGUCAUCUGACGGAUCAGAUGCUGGGGAACUUUCUCCACAUAAGACGGAAUGGAAGCAACGCAAGAAAGCUAUCCUGAAAACCCUGCCACCAGGAGUGGAUGAAGGGGCUGCCAAACAGAUUUUGAACGAGAUUGUUGUGAAGGGCGACGAGGUUCAUUGGAGCGAUGUCGCCGGGCUUGAGAUAGCAAAGAACGCGCUGCGAGAGGCAGUGGUCUACCCUUUCCUGCGGCCAGACCUUUUCAUGGGUUUACGAGAACCAGCUCGCGGCAUGCUUCUUUUUGGCCCUCCUGGCACUGGCAAGACGAUGCUUGCUCGGGCGGUCGCAACAGAAUCUCGAUCAACGUUUUUCUCAAUCUCCGCCAGCAGUCUCACGAGCAAGUAUCUCGGGGAGUCAGAAAAGCUGGUUCGCGCACUUUUCUCCUUGGCGAAGGAACUGGCCCCUAGUAUUAUCUUUGUCGAUGAGAUUGAUUCCCUCCUCUCCCAGAGAUCAGGUUCGGGCGAACACGAGGCAACGCGACGCAUCAAGACGGAAUUCCUGAUCCAGUGGAGCGACCUACAGCGUGCAGCAGCCGGUAGGGCACCUGACGAGUUGGACAAGUCUCGUGGAGAUGCGAACCGUGUUCUGGUUCUUGCUGCUACUAAUCUCCCUUGGGCUAUCGACGAAGCUGCACGUCGACGUUUUGUUCGCCGUCAAUACAUUCCCCUUCCUGAGCCAGAGACGAGGUCUACGCAGCUCAGAACGUUGCUCAGUCAGCAGAAACAUGGCUUGUCAGAUUAUGACGUCGAAGAACUGGUCAAACUCACGGAUGGCUUUUCGGGCUCUGACAUCACUGCCCUAGCAAAAGACGCAGCGAUGGGUCCUCUCAGGUCGUUAGGCGAGGCACUCCUGCACAUGACGAUGGACGACAUUCGUCCUAUAUCUAUAAUUGACUUCAAGGCUAGCUUGACAAACAUUCGGCCUAGUGUCAGCAAGACUGGUCUUAAGGAGUACGAGGAUUGGGCGCAGGAGUUCGGUGAACGGGGUGGGUGACAGCAGUAUCACGAACCGCAUGCCAAGCUGGGGCCCUUCGCUAUGAAAUCGGCAAGAUUGGUGCACUGGAGUUCUGGGGCUAUGACGGCGCAAAUGGAUCCGAGGCUGGAGAUGGUUCCAGAGUCUUUCUAUGAUAUACACUGGUAUACAGAAUGUACAUAUACAAGCAGCCCUACGCAAAGUACCGGCGUCAAUGCUGAAGCAAAGCCUUC